UACUUGCCCUCACUGACAUCCUAAUAACACCACAGUCCACCACCAUAAAUCUCUCUCUCUCUCUCUCUCUCUCUCAAGAAGAAGAUACGGCAAUGUCGGACAACGAAGGCGGGGAAGAGUACCUCUUCAAGGUAGUGAUAAUCGGGGAUUCUGCCGUCGGGAAAUCUAAUCUGCUCUCUCGGUACACACGCAACGAGUUCAAUGCGCACUCGAAGGCCACGAUCGGAGUGGAGUUUCAGACACAGAGCAUGGAGAUCGACGGGAAGGAGGUCAAGGCUCAGAUUUGGGACACCGCUGGUCAGGAACGCUUCCGCGCCGUCACCUCCGCCUACUACCGCGGCGCCGUCGGAGCCCUCGUCGUCUACGACAUCACCCGCGGAUCCACUUUCGACAACGUGGGUCGCUGGCUCGACGAGCUCAACGCUCAUUCAGAAACAGCAGUGGCAAGAAUGCUGGUGGGGAACAAACGCGAUCUCGAGAGCAUCAGAGCUGUGAGCGUCGAGGAAGGCAGAAGCCUUGCGGAGUCUGAAGGGUUGUUUUUCAUGGAGACUUCGGCAUUGGACUCAACCAACGUGAAGACAGCUUUUGAGAUGGUGAUUCGGGAGAUUUACAGUAACAUUAGUCGAAAACAACUGAACUCCGAUACUUACAAAGCUGAACUAACCGUCAAAAGGGUAAGCUUGGUGAAGAACGGAAACGACGGCGCAAAGCAAGCAACGAUGCUUUCCUGCUGCUCAAGUUAACUUCUACAUCUGCUUUCCCGUGUGAUUCCAAGGUUGGUUGGUUCGCUUUCUCACCAAAUCAGACUUAGAACUUAUAGGGAGAGCGAUGUUUACACACACACACACACACACACAAAAGAAAUGGUAACAGACACAACAAAACAAAUUAUCAACCAUUAUGGUUAUGUGGGACUCUUUACAUCAGUGUACAAGUUAUGUUCUCCAAGUCUUGUUUCCUUUGUUUAUCUAUUUGACAGUAUUGUUCCCCCUUUAUCGUCUUUCUGAUAUUGUAACAGAUCUUUGUAUACCAUAGUGGUUUGUUCUAUAUUUCAAUCUAAUAUUUAAUGGGUAGAGAAGAUAAUGUCUCAUUUGUCAAAUAGAAGGGUGGCAAUAUUUGCCUUCACAGCAGAAACUUUAGCAGUGAGCAUAUAGACUCUUUGCCUUUGGAAAGCAAACAGAGAUGAAAGGGUUUGGUUGGUGGACGAGGAAGAUCAUAAAAAAACAGAGGCUAAGGACAACAAAACGCUUGUUUGGUCUCUUGAAACAAAACAAAAAAAAAA